ACAAGUCCACUUAUUUGAUAUUUGUAACAAUAAUUUUAAAAGAACUUUAAUAAACAUAACCUAACAGCCUAGGCGAAUGCCUUUGGAAUACCGCACGCAAAUCACAGUGACGAAAAUGGCGGGAAAGGAUGACGUGUACAAGAAAUCUUUCAACGGAACUUGUACUGUUGGUGUAAAAAGAACGAAAGGUGCAAUCGCACGAAAAGCCGAAGCAUACUUACAAGCCGUUGAAAAAAGCCAAGGGCCACCACCGAAAGUGACAAACGUAAAGAAAUCAGGGCUUCCACAGCUGGAGGUAGUCUCCAGGGUUGCCGCCAUACCUAUUGUAGGUUCCGGCAUUGAAAUCACAGAGAAUUUGUACCGCAAAAUCAGAGAGUCCAAUGUCUUGAUUCGCUGGUACCUGGCCCUUAGCGAAAAGUCGCUAGCCACUGGCGUGCAGCUGGCCCUUCCCGCCGUGCAGCUGUUUGAGUCCCCCAUCCACCAGCUCGACAGAUUCCUCUGCAAGUCUCUAGAUGCUGUUGGGGAAAGAGUUCCUUCAAUCUACCUGCCUCCUCAGGCUAUGUAUUCCGAAACUCGCCACUACGUUCUUCGUCGAGCUGACUCCGUAAAACAGCUGGGCGCGGCAGUGCUGGACUCCCGCGUCACCGCCGUCACCGCUACAGCUCUCGACCGAGCCCUUACCACCGCUGACAAGUACGUCGACAAGUAUCUGCCCCCUGAUAACCAGGAUACUGCUGAUGUGGUGAUCAUAGUGACGAGUGCAGACGCUGUGGACGGUGCAAACGGCGAUUCGGGAAGGGCAAAAGCAGCACAAGCUGUGCAGCACGGUGCUAGGCUAAAGAGGAAGCUGCAGCGGAGGCUCACCCGGCAGGCCCUGGCCGAAGCCAAAGCUAUUAAGGAACAGAUCCAUGUGCUCGCCUACGUUGCUGAGCUGGUCGCAACAGACCCCGUAUUGGCAUGGAAGAAAGCCAAAGAGCUUUAUGCAUCACUGAGCCAACCCGAGCCAGAGAAUCAAGCCAGGCCAGCUACGCUCGAAGAAUUGAUGGUGCUGUUGGCAAGAGAGACAGCCAGGAAGGUCGUGCAUCUCAUCAACUAUACACACACUGAUUUGCCUAGGAACGUUCGCCAAGGCUGGAUCCUGGUGACUAAGCACGUGUCCACUGCAGCGGAUGCCUUGCUCAAGACGGUGCCAGUGGAGACGGCAAUAACCGAGGUGCGUAGCUGGCGCGCUAAGCUGCAAGCUCUGCUCCAGCAACUGCAAUCGGUCUCCAAGACAUAUUUGGAACACCUGGCAAUCUUUUUGGCGGGAAACGAAGAACGUGAGAAAAUAGCACCACGUUCUACAUACGAACAGCGAGACGAUUUAGCUAUCAACGGCGUUAACUAAUCCUCGAGAUUUGUUACAAUGCGAUAAUAGUAACUAAUACUUGGUGCUAGUGUCUUUGCACUAAAUAUAUUUACGCCUAUUUUAGUUACUUAUAU